AGACAGGGCUGACGGGCUGGUUGACGGUUCGGAUGGUCUUGGAAUUGUUCCCCCACGCCGAGAAUGGGACGAGGAAUGUGGUAGAAUUGGGCCCGCCCCAAUUCGCGAGAACAGAGAAAGCGACUUUGGCGGGACAAAAAAAAGGGAACAGCAUUAAGAUCGACCGUCGACCUUGAAAAGGACGAAAGAGACGGACGGUCAGAGGAAUGUGAAAGAAACCCCACAUCAUAAAAAUUUUGUCCAAACUUUGUUCGACGUGAGGUUUUUUAUAUGCUUCACUAUUUGCUACUUAAAUUCCUUCUUCUUUUGACGCCAAUCUUGAAAGGCAAAGGAACAAUUGUAUGUGAAUGCUGCAUGUAAAUCAAGUACUGAUUCGUAUUGACUAAGGAAUGUAAUCGAAGCUUCUCAAAGUUUUAAUCUUUGAAUGUACCUCAAGGCUGACAACGUUCUAGCUAUGUGUAUUUAAAGUAACAGCUCGGUGUCCCAUCCAGAUCAUUUUGCCAUCUCUUCGAUGAGUUUUCCGCCUUCGGCUGAAAAGGCAGAUUCUUGGCCAGAACUAUCAACAAAUUAUCACGCAACUCAACGCCAUCCUUCCCUCAGAAUCACUCUUGAGCCCCUCCUACAACCCGGUCAUCCCAAGGUUGAACGCUAUCUCACCGACAAAAUGCCUGCCAUGAUGCCCCAAGGUGGGGGACAACAACCCUCGUGCUUUGAUCGGAUCAAGAUGGGAUUUGCCAUGGGCCUCUGUGUUGGUAUGGCCUCGGGGGCCAUCUUUGGGGGGUUCAGUGCCCUCCGUUACGGCCUGAGGGGUCGGGAGUUGAUUUCCCAAGUUGGAACGGUCAUGAUUCAGGGCGGAGGCACCUUUGGCACAUUUAUGGCGAUUGGGACCGGAAUCCGAUGCUGAGAUCCAGCUACUUUCAACCCAAACCAUUUUAUUCAUGAACUGAAGUGUCAGACCCAUUUCUCGUCGGCUUUUUGCUCGCUCGAAACCGGCUGAAUAUUUCGAAUGCUGUUGCUAGUGCAUUAAAUGCAACAUACAAGAGAAACUCGGUGUUAGUCGCAAACACGUUUAUACAAGAUGGGACUGGGGUGGGGUAUCUUUGUCACCCCGGUUGACAUGAAAUUAGGAGAAUGAGCAAUAAAAUUGGAAUGCGGAAGGAUCA